AUGAAACUUGACAAAAUUGAAUUGACAAAGCCUGUCAAAAAAGUUGAGGACAAAUGGAAACUGUUGCCAGCUUUUCUGAAAGUAAAAGGAUUAGUUAAGCAACAUAUUGAUUCUUUCAACUAUUUUAUCAAUGUCGAGAUUAAGAAUAUCAUGAAGGCUAACGACAAAGUUGUUAGUGAUGUUGACCUAACUUUUUACCUCAAAUAUUUGAAUAUAUAUGUUGGGAUGCCUGAUGUUGAAGAAGGAUUCAAUAUAACUAAACCAGUUUCACCCCAGGAGUGUCGACUCAGAGACAUGACUUACUCUGCCCCUAUAACUGUGGAUAUAGAAUACACAAGAGGACAGCAAAGAAUUAUUAGAAAUAAUCUUCCCAUAGGGAGGAUGCCAAUUAUGUUGAGAAGUUCCAAUUGUGUGCUGACAGGGAAAAGUCCCUCAGAAUUGGCUAAAUUGAAGGAAUGUCCAAUGGACCCUGGUGGGUAUUUCAUUGUGAAAGGAACAGAAAAAGUUAUUCUGAUUCAAGAACAAUUGUCCAAGAACAGGAUGAUUGUUGAUAUUGACAAGAAAGGAUGCAUUGAAUGUUCUGUGACCAGUUCCACCCAUGAAAGGAAAAGUAAGACUUAUGUGGUUACUAAACAUGGACGAUAUUACUUAAAACACAACAUUUUUACAGAAGACAUUCCAGUUGCAAUUGCUUUUAAAGGAAUGGGUAUAGAAUGUGACCAAGAAAUCAUUCAAAUGAUUGGCUGUGAGGAAGAAGUGUUGGCUGCCAUUGCACCUUGCAUGGAAGAAUGUCACAAGGCCCAGGUGUACACUUGUAAUCAAGCUCUUAGAUAUAUAGGCAGCAAAGUAAGAGUACGGAGAAUGUGGAAUGAACCUAAAAAAGGCAAAGUUGAAGAAGCAAGGGAUAUUUUACAUGGUGUGAUUCUGGCUCAUGUUCCGGUGGUUCAGUGGAACUUUAAAGUGAAGGCAGCCUACCUUGCUCUCAUGGUACGUCGUGUCAUCAUGACCCAGGGAGACAGUAUCAAAAUGGAUGACAGAGAUUAUUAUGGAAACAAAAGGCUUGAAAUGGCAGGACAGUUGCUGUCAUUGCUUUUUGAGGAUCUGUUUAAGAAAUUCAACAGUGAUCUAAAGAGGAUUGCUGACAUGACAAUACCAAAACAAAGAGUUGCUCAAUUUGACAUUGUAAAACACAUGCGACAGGACCAAAUAACCAAUGGAUUGGUGAAUGCAAUUUCCACAGGUAAUUGGUCUAUUAAGAGAUUCAAGAUGGAUCGAGGUGGAAUGACUCAGGUACUCUGUCGAUUAUCUUACAUAUCAGCUCUUGGUCACAUGACACGUAUUACAAGCCAGUUUGAAAAAACAAGAAAAGUGAGUGGACCCCGAUCUUUGCAACCAUCCCAGUGGGGCAUGUUAUGUCCCUCUGAUACCCCAGAAGGAGAGUCUUGUGGUUUGGUAAAAAACCUUGCACUCAUGACUCAUGUAACAACAGAUCUUAAUGAAGGACCAAUUGUUCGACUGGCUUUCAAUUUGGGUGUUGAAGAUAUUCAGCUCCUAAGUGGUGAAGAGAUGUCCAGUUCUUUGGUUUAUCUUGUCUUCCUCAAUGGUAAUAUUCUAGGGGUGAUUUGUGCAUACCGCAGGUUAAUCAACACAUUUCGCUUGAUGAGACGAGCAGGCUACAUCAGUGAAUUUGUAUCUGUUUAUCCCAAUCACAAACACAGGUGUGUUUACAUUGCAACAGAUGGGGGACGUUUGUGCAGGCCUUACAUUAUUGUUGAGAAAAGUAUCCCUUUGGUAACAAACAAACAUAUUGAAGAACUCACACAAGGUUUCAGGAGCUUUGAUGAUUUCUUGAAAGAAGGUUUGGUUGAGUAUCUUGAUGUCAAUGAAGAAAAUGAUUGUAUGAUUGCUCUAAAUGAAGGUCAUAUCACAUCAGAAACGACUCACCUGGAGAUUGAACCCUUUACAAUUCUUGGUGUAUGUGCUGGUUUGAUCCCAUAUCCUCAUCACAAUCAGUCACCCAGGAACACCUACCAAUGUGCUAUGGGCAAACAAGCCAUGGGUACCAUUGGUUACAAUCAAAGGAAUCGGAUUGACACAUUACUCUAUUUGCUUUGUUAUCCACAAGCUCCAUUAGUUAAAUCUAAGACAAUAGAGUUAAUUAAUUUUGACAAGAUACCUGCAGGACAGAAUGCUAUUGUAGCUGUAAUGAGCUACAGUGGGUAUGAUAUUGAAGAUGCUUUAGUUUUAAAUAAGGCUUCUCUUGACAGAGGUUUUGGGAGAUGCUUAGUAUACAAGAAGCAAAGCUGCACUCUGAAAAGAUAUGCAAAUCAAACAUUUGAAAAAGUAAUGGGUCCUCUUUUGGAUGCAACCACUCGUAAACCAAUUUGGAGACAUGAAGCCUUGGAUUCUGAUGGCAUUGCAGCACCAGGUGAAAUGGUUUCCAAUAAGCAGGUAAUGGUGAACAAAUACAUGCCCACGGUAACUAUGAAUACAUUACAAUCCACUCCAGGGCAGGCACCCCAGCAACCAGAAUACAGAGAUGUACCUGUGAUUUACAGAGGUCCUGUGCCAUCUUAUAUUGAAAAAGUAAUGAUUUCUUCCAACACAGAAGAAUCAUUUCUCAUUAAAUUACUUCUUCGUCAGACACGCAGACCAGAGCUUGGAGACAAAUUCAGCAGUCGACAUGGGCAGAAAGGUGUUUGUGGCUUGAUUGUACCUCAAGAAGACAUGCCAUUCACUGAUCAGGGAAUUUGUCCAGAUGUGAUCAUGAACCCACAUGGUUACCCCUCUCGAAUGACUGUGGGAAAACUCAUGGAAUUGCUUGGUGGGAAAGCAGGUGUUCUGGAUGGCAAGUUCCAUUAUGGAACAGCCUUUGGUGGUGACAAAGUGGCAGACCUCAGUGAAGAUCUUAUCAGGCAUGGAUUCAAUUACCUUGGGAAAGAUUUUGUCACUUCUGGUAUUACAGGGGAACCUUUGUCUGCUUACAUCUAUUUUGGACCAAUAUACUACCAGAAACUGAAGCACAUGGUUUUAGAUAAAAUGCAUGCACGUGCUAAAGGACCUCGAGCUGUUCUCACUCGUCAGCCCACAGAAGGACGGUCACGUGAAGGAGGUCUUCGACUUGGAGAAAUGGAAAGAGAUUGUUUGAUUGGUUAUGGAGCCAGCAUGUUGCUCUUGGAACGUUUGAUGAUUUCCAGUGAUGCUUUCCAUGUAGAUAUUUGUGGAACAUGUGGGCUUAUUGGCUAUUCAGGAUGGUGCCAAUAUUGCAAGUCUUCUGAGAAUUUUAAUUCCUAUCUAUCUAUCUAUCUAUCUCAGUCUGAUUCCUAUCUAUCUAUCUAUGUGCAGGAGACAAGUAUAUGUGGAUUAUGGGAGAGAGUUAAAGAUCAAGAGGCUUGUGGCAUUAUUCAUGCUUAA